AUGGAAGAAGAAUGCCCCAAUCCCCUGCUCCUCACUUGGGUCAAGGAGUGGCUGGACACAGCACGAGAGCGCAACUCAAAAGGCUUCACCACCUAUCGAAACGCCCAUGAAUCUCUCAAAGCAUGCCCUCUGGUUUUUCACCACCCUGCCGAGCUGCAGCAGUUGAAGGGCUUUGGCCCAAAGUUGUGCGAGAGACUGACCGACAAGCUCCAGAAAUACUGCCAGGAGAACCAUCUGCCCAUGCCGGAACAUCCUCAAGUAAGGAAGGCUGCUAAGAAGGCCCAACUAGACGAGGAGACUGCUGCCGCUGCCGCCGCCGCCGAGGGAGGUUCCGCCCCAAAGAAGCGCAAGGUGCGACAACCCAAGGCCUACGUUCCAAGUUUUCGCUCGGGCGCCUAUGCACUCUUGGUUGGCCUAUCGACCCAACCCGACGACACCACCUCGGGUAUGACCAAAGCAGACCUGAUUCAAGUCUCGCAGCCCCAUUGCGAUUCCUCCUUCACCGCACCAAGCGACCCGACCAAGUUUUACACGGCGUGGAACUCGAUGAAGACAUUGGUCCAAAAGGAACUCGUCUAUGAGAGGGGGAGACCCUUGCGGCGCUACCUCUUGACCGACGAGGGAUGGGAAGUCGCCAGACGGAUAAAAGAAACCCGUGAAUGGAAAGCAGACAACAACAGCAACAACAACAACGCGGAUGCCGCUCAUGCCGCCUCGGUGCGGCCUGCCCGCUCGCCGCCUGCCGAGAUUGAGGUUGUUGAAAGGGACACUGCAGCCGAGGGAAAUGCCGUGGACGGCUCGUUGCCCGCUUUCCAACCCAUCAAACUGGUCCCGGGUUCGUUUUCCGUUCGUCUAGUUCUGGACGUGCGUGAAGUCCGGGCCAAGACGGAUCGUGACUACAUGCAAGAGGAGCUGGCCAAGCUCGAUGCCGCGCCGCUGAUGAGAAGUUUGGAAGUGGGCGACGCCCAGUGGGUUGCCAAGUGCCAUGAUCCCACAUUGCUCCAGAGGCUCGGCGCCGAGGGAGACGAGGUCGUGCUGGACUGGAUUGUGGAACGAAAGCGCCUCGACGACUUGAUUGGCAGUAUCAAAGACGGACGAUUUCACGAGCAAAAGUUUCGCCUCAGGCGCUCUGGUGUCCAAAACGUCAUAUAUAUCAUCGAAGACAUCACCAUGGACCCGCAGACCCUCCAGAGGUACGAGGAGGCCGUACAGUCUGCCAUUGCCUCGACACAAGUUGUCAAUGGGUACUUUGUCAAGCGGACCUCCAAAAUGGACGAGACUGUCAGGUACUUGUCGCGUUUGACCGCCGUGCUGAAGCGCAAGUACGAGAAACAGCCGCUGCAUGUCAUUCCGUCGAGGGUGAUUACUGCGCAGAAUUACGCCCCUUUGCUGCGGCAUUUGAGAGAGACUCAGCCGUCCGUGGGCCAUUACGUUACGUACCAGGCCUUCUCCUCGCUGGCGUCCAAAUCAGAAAUGAUGACGCUGCGAGACGUCUUUUUAAAAAUGUUAAUGACAACCAGGGGAGUGACGGGGGAGCGAGCCCUCGAGAUUCAAAGACGCUGGCGCACACCCCACGAUUUCGUCAAGGCCUUUGAGGCUUGCGGGUCUGGAGAGACGGGUAGGAAACGCAAGCGAGAGCUGGUGUCGAGUCAACUUGGCCAUUUUGUCGGGAGGAAGAGCAUCAGCAAGGCUCUGAGUCAAAGGAUAUCUGAGGUUUGGGGCGACGCCUAG